AUGUCUGCGGAGCUACUCAAUAUACUACUCGGCUUCCAGCCGGACGCGCCAGAGCUGCAGCAAAAGCGCGAGUAUGACACGACGGCCCGCAACUUCGUCUCGUCGCUGGGGAACAUAUCGGCACAACAUUUCUUGAAGGGAGCAGACACGCCGCAGGAUGUUCUAUCUGUGCUGGAUCCUUCUGUAAACUCAAUAGCAUACGCCACUAUCCUCCGAAUCCGCAUCGCCGCAGCCGUCGAUAAGAAGACUACAGUACCGGACGUGGUGAAGCCCGGAGGCUCAUUAUGGAACAAGCUCGUCCUCUUCCUAGAGUCCUUCGAUCCCAUUCAGAUGCGGUAUGCAGGUGCAGAGUGGCGGAAGCUUCUCGAGUACGUUGAGCAGAUCGCGCGAGCUAUGCAGACGCCUGCCAUCGCUAUAUCGCCCAUGCGAUCAGCAAUGAUCCGUCUCGACCCCUCUACCGGCACCUUCACCUCGACGCAUCUCAACUUCAUACGGCUAUGCAUGGAGUGCAGGUCGUACGUCGCCGCCCUACCCAUCCUCGACAACUAUAUCCAUAGCCUGCCCUCCAGUAUACAGGCACAGGUCCGAGAAGGCCUGGAAUAUUCGGUUCCUUGCGCAGACACGGCCACAAGCGGAGAGUUCAUCCAUGCAAAGUCGGGGCAUUCGGAUAAGAUCUCACUCUCAGAUGUGCAGGAGUACUAUGUUCUAGGAGCGAUGGCAUACAUGGGGGUACGUCAGUUCAAGAAAGCUCACCAGAUGCUGGAGCACGUACUGGUAGUCCCUGCCGCAGUGGCCAACGGCCUUAUGCUCGAAGCGUACAAGAAGUGGGUCCUCGUGGGCUGUCUAGUAGAUGGAUCUCACAAGUCAGUGCCGCGAACAGCGGCUGGAAACGCCAUGAAGCAAGUGCGGGCUUGUGCUAAAGCAUAUGAGGCUCUUGCCGAGGCUUUUUCGCAGCUCAACAACCUCCCAAAACUCAAAGCUCAGAUAAACGCAGGUAAAGACACCUGGGAUGAGGACGGUAACGUUGGUUUGGUGAACGAGUUGCAAGAGCAGCAGUACAGGUUCUAUGUUUCUCACUUGUCUCGGACGUUCUCCGCAAUCCCUGUCUCAAACAUCGUCAACAACGUGGGCGGCUCUGCGGAGGAUGUUACCACCUAUCUCGAGACUCUAAUCCAGAACGGCUUCCUGAACGCGCGCCUCGAGCGAAACGACAAGCCAGGAGUAGGCGCCGUCUUGCGUUUCUACCUCGAUCCCACCCAGGGACCGCAGGCCAAGACGGAGAAGCAGCAGCAGCAAGCGCUCUUGGAGCAAACGGAACGAACGAACAUGCUAGCUGACCAAGUGAAGGACGCCGACUACCGUCUGAGCAUCAGCAAGGAGUAUGUGGAGUACAUCAAGCGCCAGAACAAGAAGGCGGCGGCAGCUGCCGGUGGGGGAGGAGGCGACGCCAUGGAUGUGACUUGGGACGACGGCGACAUGGACGAGGACAUUAUGAGUUGA